AUGUCCACAAAACAUUUUUUUCCUAAUCAAAAUGGACUGGUUGUAAGGGCUCUGAAAGGUGUCGCCUCUCAAAAUCCUAGUUUGGGUGUAUUGGAAAGUGACAAAGUCCUGUUCCAUCUGGAUCAUGAUUCUUCAAAAGUAUCGCUACUUUCAGGAGGAGGCUCUGGUCAUGAACCUGCUCAUAGUGGAUACGUUGGCAAAGGCAUGCUGGCAGCUGCUGUGUGUGGUGAUGUAUUUGCCAGUCCAAAUACAAAACAGAUCAUGAAUGCUUGUAAAGUAGUUGGAUCUGACGACGGAUAUAUUUUCAUUGUUACCAAUUAUACAGGAGACAUGCUACAUUUUGGUUUGGCAUGUGAAAAGAUUAAAAGUCAUGGCACAAAGGUUGCUCUUAUCAAGUCUGCAGAUGAUGUCUCAGUGGGGCGCACAAUGGGUGGAUCCGUCGGAAGACGUGGUUUGAGUGGUACCAUUGUCAUCAACAAGGUUCUCGGAGGAGCUGCUGAAGCAGGUUCUUCUUUCGAGGUGGUAGAGGAAUUGGGCCAUGCCAUUGCCUCAAAUAUUGUGACGAUUGGUGCUGGUUUAGACCAUUGUCAUGUACCAGGUAAUUCUGAAGAGUUUGGUGGUUUGGGCCCUGAAGAAUGUGAAAUUGGUCUGGGUAUUCAUAAUGAACCAGGCGUGACCAGACUGGACGAAAUUCCUCCUAUCGAAAGUCUUGUCAAGUCUUUACUGGGAUAUCUUUUAGAUCAGUCAGAUAGCGACAGGAGUUUUGUCAAGAUCGAGUCCACCGACAAAGUGGCCUUGAUGAUAAAUAAUCUCGGCGGCCUAUCUAUAAUUGAGCAGAAUGCAAUUGUAGAAGUUGUUCUGGAUAAGCUGUCUUCGGAAUAUGGUAUUGUUCCUAUCAGGGUAUUUGCUGGUCACUUUAUGACCUCGUUAAAUGCACCUUCUUUCUCAAUCACUCUACUUAAUAUCACCCAGUCGGUGACAAAAGGAACCUCAGAAUCAAAAAUUAUCGAGUAUCUCGAUGCACCUACUGAUGCUGUGAACUGGCCAAGUAAUCAUUACAAGACAUCUAGACCAAUUGACCUGAAAUCUCAAGUCAAAUCACUGCCCAAGUCAGAUGAUAAUGUCGAGAAACGAACUUUGGAUUUGCUUGUUGAUCCAUCUGUGCUUGAAUCUAAAUUGAGAACCGCAUCAAACAAUUUAAUCUCUGCUGAACCUGAUUUGACGAAAUGGGAUACAAAGAUGGGGGAUGGAGACUGUGGUAAAACUCUUGAAUCAGGAGCCAUGGCUUUGCUGAGAUCACUAGACUCUGGAUUAGCUAGUCCUGGUUCUAUUAUUGAUGUUCUAGAGAGGAUUGUCGAUAUCACUGAAGAAAACAUGGGUGGUACUUUGGGUGCUAUUUUCGGUAUUUAUUUUGCCUCCUUCUCAUCCUCCUUGAAACACAUUGUCAGCACAAAUCCUAAUAGUGAUGCACUUAAGAUCUUGGCGCAAUCGGCUAAUGAAGCAUUGGAUAAUUUGAGAUUGCACACAGCAGCUAAAGAAGGUGAUCGCACAGUUAUGGAUGUUCUAAUUCCAUUCUGUAAAGCACUUGUGAGCAAUUAUGAUUUGAAAGAAGCCCUUGAGGAAGCGCAUCAAGCGGCCGAAAAAACUAAAACACUCGUACCAAAACUUGGUCGCGCUACUUAUGUUGGAGGAGUCAGUGAAAUGACCGUGUUCCCUCCUGACCCUGGUGCCUGGGCCUUGUAUGAGAUCUUAAAAGGCAUUUUAUAA